GUGUCAUCAUUCCAGACGGAGAAUGCCACGUGUAGGGCACUCAUUAUAACUUACAAUACGAGGAUAUACGUAGUAGGGUCGUCGCCUUCCCCGUUUUGAACGAAAGAAAGGAGCGGUUUUCGGCAUUCCGCGAAGCGGUUGUUGUUGAGUUGAGUUGAGUCGGUCCUUUGUUUUCCCCUUGAAAAAGAAAAUGGAGGGCACUACUGAGAGUGGCAUUAACGUUGAAGAUUGCAACACAGAGCUUCUACCGUCAAAGGAUGAGCCGUCAGAAGCAGAAGCAUCCUCGUCUUGGCGUCUCUCCCUCGACAAGUUUCGCCUGCCCCAACAAGGACCAAGCUCCGAUGCUCAUCACCACCCUGGCCCUCGCUUCUCUCCCCUGCUUUGUACCCCAAAGAAACAGCGCAAGGUCUCAGAGUACUAUAAAAAGCAAGAAAGGCUCCUCGCAGGAUUUAAUGAAGUGGAGGCCAUGAAUGAGAUGGAUUGUUUGCCUGGAAGCCUAACGGAGGAUGAAAUGAAGCAACUUGCUAGGAGUGAGAGGAUGGCAGUCCAUGCAUCCAACAUUGCUAAUUUGGUGCUUUUUGCUGCAAAGGUCUAUGCUUCUAUUGAGAGCAAAUCUUUGGCAGUCAUUGCAUCAACUUUGGAUUCACUCUUGGAUCUUUUGUCAGGAUUUAUUCUAUGGUUCACAGCAAAUGCCAUGAAAACCCCCAACCGUUAUCACUAUCCAAUUGGAAAGAAACGAAUGCAGCCAGUGGGUAUCAUUGUUUUUGCUUCAGUGAUGGCAACUCUAGGAUUACAAAUAUUACUUGAGUCUGUCAGGGAACUUGUUGCAAAGUCCCACCCAGAGAUCAAUCACAAGCAAGAGAAAUGGAUGAUUGGUAUCAUGGUUUUCGUGACAGUAGUGAAGUUCGUUCUCAUGGUGUAUUGCCGGAAAUUCAAAAAUGAAAUUGUUAGAGCCUAUGCGCAGGAUCAUUUAUUUGAUGUGAUUACUAAUUCUGUUGGUUUAGUAACGGCUGUCCUAGCUAUUCAUUUCCACUGGUGGAUUGAUCCGACUGGAGCUAUAAUAAUAGCACUAUACACAAUGAGUACCUGGGCCAGAACAGUGAUUGAGAAUGUAUGGUCACUGAUAGGUAGGACUGCACCGCCUGAUUUUCUUGCUAAAUUGACAUAUCUGAUAUGGAACCACCAUGAAGAGAUCCAACACAUUGACACAGUCAGGGCAUAUACUUUUGGUUCUCAUUACUUUGUGGAGGUUGACAUUGUCUUGCCUGAAGACAUGUUCCUGGGUAAAGCACAUAACAUAGGUGAGAAACUCCAGGAGAAGCUGGAGCAGCUACCAGAAGUCGAGCGAGCCUUUGUGCAUAUAGAUUUUGAGUUCACACAUAGGCCUGAACACAAGACCAUGGUCUGAUUGUAUGGGCACUGGCACUGCUGGCAUUGAUUUCCAGAGCUUAUUAGUGUCUUUUCAAUAACCUACUUUUAUUCACCUGUACUUCCAAAUGCUACAUAAUAGUACUUUUCAUGACUAUAGAUCAUUAGCUGUGCAUGAAGUCCACUCGUAUUUCAUUUGAUUGCUAUGGGAUUAUGUUAUUUUGCGUGUGUAAAA